AUGGAUUUUAAAAUUGAACACACCUGGAAUGGUUUUCCAGCGAGGUACAAGCCAGUGUUUGUCAGGCUGAGUCCAGGUGAUAACAGAGUCUUGAUGGAGGUUAGUGCUCCAUUUUUCAAUGAUCCUCCAGCUCCUCUUGGAGAACCAGAGAAGCCUUUUAAUGAACUGUGGGACUAUAAAGUUGUGGAAUAAUUUUUCUUGAAUGAUAUAACUGAGCAGUAUUUAGAAGUUGAAAUUUGUCUGUAA